AUGGUGAUGAACACCCUCCUGGUGCCUCUGCAGGUCCGAGGGCUGCUGAAGGAUGCCACACACGUGGUGCUCUGGGCGCAGAGCGCUGAGUUCAGCAACUCUGUGGAGAUCCCCAUCUCUAGGAAGAGUGGCUUCCUGUUUAUACAGACAGACAAACCGCUGUACACCCCUCAACAGUCAGUGAAGGUCCGGGCCUUCUCCCUGAAUGAGGAUCUCACCACAGCCAAGCGUAAUGUGUUCGUGACCUUCAGGGAUCCAGAUGAGGAGAUCGUGGAGACGGUGGAGUUGCAGAACAGUCAGGGCAUUCCGUCUCUGCAGGACCCUUUCAAAAUACCCCUCAAACCCAAGUUUGGCUUGUGGUCUGUGGAGGCCUCGUACGGCCCACCUCUGGUCACCUCGGUCAGAGCUCAGUUCCACAUCAAGGAAUACGUUCUACCCAGCAUCGCCAUCCAGAUCCUGCCACACUCAAACUACCUGAGCUACGGGAACGCUGAACAAUUCAAAAUCAAGGUCAUAGGCAGGUACGUCCACGGAGCUCCUGUUUCCGAGGCGAUAGUGUACAUAAGGUUUGGUUUCGUGGACGGCAAAAACUCUCCAGUAGUCCUGUCCGGGUCUAUCAAAAGAACCGAGUUGCAGAUCGACGGGACGCAGGAAGCGACACUCGACGUGAAAAGUGUCUUGGCUCGCCAGGAGCAUCCGCUGACCCUGGAGCAGAUGUUUGGAAAACACUUCUAUGUUGCAGUCAGCAUGAUGGAAAGAACCGGUGGUCUCUCCCAGGAAGCUGAGUUGACAACCGUGAAGUUUGUGAAGUCUCCAUACACCAUGAAGCUGCUGGCCACACCGCUCUUCAUCAAACCCCUGCUGCCGUACACAAUCAGGAUGCUGGUGCUGGAUCCUCUGGGUGAGCCGGUGACCCGGUUACCUGUCAAACUGCUGGAAGCCAUGGCAACCCUUGUCUCCAUGGACACAGAGAGGCUGGACUGCGCCCAGCAGGACAGGAAGACGGGCUCUGAUGGCGUGGCGUACUUCAUAUGUAACUGGCCGGCCAACACCCUCACCGCCAAGAUCAACUUCAAGACGGACGACCGUUACCUGCCCCUUCAGAGCCAGGCUGAGUUUGUUCUGGACGCCAAGGUGUACAACUCUCCCAAGAAACGCUACCUCUACAUUAGUGUCCCCCCCAACCUGAACACCCUGGAGGUCGGGACAGAGGCCAACAUCAAUGUGGUGUUCAGUGUUGCCCCCUUCCUGAACAUCAAGAGCACCAGCUUCCUGGUGAUUUCUAACGGCCGUGUGGAGGCAUCCCACACGCAGCCGCACUCCGGGGGCUCGUUCCAGACCCUGAGGUUCCAGGUGACCCCUCGGAUGGUGCCCUCCAUCCGCCUGCUGGUCUACUACAUCCUGCACGGCGAGGGAGCCACAGAGCUGGUGGCAGACUCUGUGUGGCUGGGGGUUAAGGCUAGCUGCAUGAACGACCUCAAGGCUGACCUGUCCUACGUGGCCAGGGACGCAGCACGGCCCGGCUCCAGCGUCAGGCUGCAGGUGAGGACGGGGACCGAGGCCCUGGUGGCGCUGUCGGCCACGGACACGGCCCUACAGGCCCUCCGCUCCACCCGGGUCAACCCCAUGGCCAAGGUGCUCCGCCACAUUGAGAAGAGUGACCCAGGCUGUGGAGGAGGCGGGGGUAAAGACAUCGCAGACGUCUUCCGUCUGGCUGGUCUCACCUUCAUGACCAACGCUAACGCUAAAGCCAUCCCAUCACACGAGGAUGUCUGUCAGGAGCUGGUCCGAGCCAAGCGGUCGCUUACCUUCGAGGAGAAGAGAGACAAAUCUAAGCUGUACCUGGCGUACACUGCCUUCUGCUGGGCAGGCCUGAAACACAGCCCGGUUUACGUCCAAUGUUCCGACCGCGUCAAGGUCCUCCCCAAGGAGGGCCACAGUGUGUACAAACAUCUGUCUGUGCAGAGGGCCAGGGAGGUCUUUGUGGAGUGCUGUGAGUUUGCUAAACACCAACCAGACACGGAGCUGUGGAAUGCGAGGAGCGAGUUCGACACAGUGUUUGAAGACACUCCCAAGUAUGUGAGAAGCUUUUUCCCAGAGAGUUGGCUGUUUGAGGUCCAUGUCGCUAGGGCAGGGGAGCUGACUCUACCUGUCAAGCUGCCAGACUCUCUGACCACAUGGGAGAUCUCAGCAGUGGCCAUGUUUGCCAACGGUCUCUGUGUGGCAGAGCCCACACAGAUCUCGGUCACCCAGCCGGUGAGUCUGGAUGUGCCCCUGCCCUACUCCAUGGUGCGGGGGGAACAGAUCCAGCUCAGUGGCUCCGUCUACAACCAGCUGAUGAGCGACCUGCAGUUCUGCGUGACUCUGACGGCAGGCCCAGGCGUGUGUCUCUACCAGGGCCACAGAGAGGACGAGGACGGCCUCUGGACCACCAAGUGCACCAUGUCCACCCUGAAGCAAGACUCUGUCCAUCCAGUCACCUUCACCCUGCUGGCGUUUGAAAGCGGAAGACAUCAGCUCACCUUCACCUUGAAGACCUCCCAGGGUGUCCUGGACACAGUACAGAAGACUCUCUAUGUCAAGCCUGAAGGAGUCUUGAUGGAGAAGUUGGAAGUAAAGAACCUAGACCCCAAAGGCCUUUACGGGAGUUCCAUCUGGUCAGUCCAGAUGAAGUACUGGGUCCCUCAGCAGGUGGUCCCCUACACCUUGGUGGACAGACAGCUGAUCAUAUCAGGAGAGGUACUGGGGGAGAUACUGGCCAUCGUGGCGAAGCCCGAGGGACUGGAGGAGCUGCUGAACGUCCCGUGGGGGUCUGGGCUGAUGGAUGUGCUCAGGGUCACACCAUACUACUACGUGUUCCACUUCCUGGAGAAGCUGGGUCGCUGGGGGAACAUGGACCCCCGUGAACCCAUCAGCCCAGGGAACAUCAAGAUGAAGAUGAAGGAGGGCAUCAUGAGCGUCAAGUCUUUCAGGAAUCGAGACGGGAGCUACAGCAUGUGGAAGCACAAGGGAUCCAGCACUUUGGUGACAUCUCAGGUGAUGAAGACCAUGGGCCAGGUGGCAAGCUACGUAGACUUCGGCUCAGAGGACUAUGACUCCAUGUCCACAACCCUGUUCUGGCUGGUGGACAAAGCACAAGCUGUGGACGGCUCAUUCGUGGAGGACUCUGUUGACACCAAGUUUACUGAUGUGAAACAGGGCAGUGCUGAGUUCCGGAUCCUCAUUACCUCCUUUGUCAUGAUCGGGAUGAAGACGGUCACGGAAUUGAACAACAGGAAGCUGCACCUGAAGGACUUUUCUGAUAGUCUGAAGCGUGCUGCAGACUAUGUUUCCCAGAAUGCAAAAGGGGUCAAGAGCGUCUAUGUGAGAGCGGUGGCCACCUACGCCCUCCUGCUGCAGGAUCUAAGGAACCCAGUAGCAAACAUCCUGUACCAGGAUCUGGAGAAGUCCGCCAGGGAGAAAGGGAACCCAGCUGAUGUGAGGUACUGGCAGGAGAGUGUGAAGGUGGUGGGUGAGCAGCUUCCUCCCCAGACGGUGGAGAUCACCAGCUACGCCCUGCUGAGCUCCCUGCUGAAGAACAAGAUGAGCUACGCCCUGCCGGUAGUCAGGUGGCUGACAGAGGAACAGUACUAUGGAGGCUUCCAGUCUGCACAGGACAUGAUGAUGGCACUGGGGGCUCUGACCCAGUACACUCUACAGGCAGAGAGCAGCAGGCUGGACAUGAAGGUGGAUGUUUCCUACAGACAGGGGAGAGACCUACCCCAGGUCACGCUCACACAGAAGAUACCAGUAGCCCGGCCCAUCCAGUUGACGGAGGAAAAAGAUGUUAAAGUUUCCAUUGGAGGCGGUACUGGGUUCUCUAAGGUCAAAUUGAGGACCGUGUAUUACAAACUGACAGACAAAAGUGAGAACUGCAACUUUGACUUGUCCAUAAGUGUGACAGCACCUGAUCCAGACUCCCACGAUUACAUGAGGGAAAGCCCUCGCAUCGUCGCCUGUGCUAAGUACAAACCCGAGUCAGAGGAGUCUCUUCAAACUGUGAUGGAGAUCCAGCUACCCACGGGAGUAGAGCCCUCUACCGAGGAUCUGGACUAUCUCCAGAACAGUCUGGAGGCGGUGAUGGACGAUUACCAGAUCAGUGGAGACCUGCUCACCAUCCAGCUCUCUUCUGUGCCUUCCACUGAUUUCACCUGCGUAGGAUUCAGGUUCCAGCAGAGCUUCCAGAUGGGCAUGGCCUCAGACUGCUUCUUCAGAGUCUACGAGAUACGGGCAAGAAAGGCAGUGUGUUCCAGGAUGUUCUCUCCUCUGGUGGAGACCAAGCUGCAGCGCCUCUGUGUGGGAGAGCAGUGUCGCUGCCUGUCAGUGGAGUGCAGCUCCUUCAGGAAUGACGUGAGCAGAGCGGUCACUGUGGAACAGCGCCUGAAGGAGACCUGCCAACCUGCCAUCAAAUACGCCCUCAAGGUGCAGAUAAAGUCCACUGCCACAGAAGGAGACUUUAUCAUUUAUGUUGCAACGGUGUUGGAGCCCAUGAUCAGGGAGGAGAAGGAGAAUGUAGCUAAAGACCUUGAGGUGGAGUUCAUCAAGAAGACCACGUGUGAUGGUGUGGACCUGAAGCCUGGAGAGGUGUACCUCACCCUGGUGUCUGACAAACUCAAGAUACCUGUGGAUGAGCGUUACAAAUACAGAUUCAUAUUGGAUUCGAAGACAACAGUGGAAAAAUGGCCAACUGGUUGCACAGAAAGUCCCUGUUCUGAUUUUGUGAAGGUGCUGGAUGAUUAUGAAUACACCUUAACUUUCGAUGGCUGUUCUUAACAAACAGUAGGAAUGCAAUGGAGGAUUUUAUUUCCAGUAAAUGGUCAAUAAAUGAUAAAUAAAAUGUGUGAAUUGUGUCAUCUCCUUCCCAAUUGUAGCAAUUUGUACUUUUUGACUUUUUUGUAAAAAGUAUAGGGAGUAGGGCCUACAAAGUUUCAUCAAUAAAGUUUUAACGAUGUUG